GUAAGUAUUCUUCUCCUUUUCCCUUUCCCUUUCCCCUUUUCUUUCUUUUCAUCUCUAUCAGUUUUUUUUUUUCCGUUACACAUUCGAUUCGUUAUAUACAUACCAAAUGAUAUUAAUCACUUUUCUCUCUAAAUCGAUUAAUUAAUUAAUUCGCGUUUGUGUUGUGUUGUAUCUUAGAUGAAUGAAUCGUAGAAGGCGAGUUUCGUGUUCUAUUGUGGGUGCAUAUUGCAAGAUAGAGAUGGAUUUUGUAUAUUUUGUUGUGAAAAAUUAUUGAGUAUAUAUAUAAUAAUGUUUUCUGAAAGAUUGGGGGCAGAAGAAUCUCGUUGUCAAGAAGAUUUCCACGGUUUGAGUGUGUCAAAGCGUCUUGUCAGGAGUGUUAGCCAGAAGUUGAGGAAGAAGAAUAAUAACAGAAGUUUAGGGGAAGAAGAAGAUGAAGAUGAUGAUGAUGUAAAUGGAGUUUCUUUGAAAUGUCUAACAUUGUAUGGUCGGGGUGGGGGAUGCAAGGUUGGUGCUGAUACUGGUGAUGAAGUAGGGGAUUCGAGCAAUAGAAGGAGAUCUAGUUCCGGUGAAGAAGGUAAGGGAUAUAAACCAGUUUGUGGCCCUCAAGAUACUGCUGUUGUAGAUUGCUUCUCAUAUGGGGUGAGGGAUAGGUUUUGGAGGAGACACCAAAGAAAAAAUUCUGAAAUUGAUGAACUGAUGACAACAAACAAUAAAAUGCAUAUUUUUCUUCCAGAUGAUAUUCUUGAAAUGUGUUUGGUGAGGCUUCCGUUGACGAGUUUGAUGAAUGCCCGACUUGUUUGUAAAAAGUGGAGGUCCUUGACCACUACUCCUAGAUUCCUCCAAAUGAGAAGGGAGGGUUUGUAUCAAAAUCCAUGGUUGUUUUUGUUUGGUGCUGUUAAAGACGGCUUUUGCUCAGGUGAGAUACACGCGUUGGAUGUGUCUCAGAAUCAAUGGCAUAGGAUCGAUGCUGGUUUUCUCAGGGGAAGGUUCUUGUUCUCUGUUGCUAGUGUACAAGAUGAUAUCUUCAUUGUUGGAGGAUGUUCUAGCUUGACUAACUUUGGGAAAGUGGAUAGGAGCUCAUUCAAGACGCACAGAGGGGUGCUUUCAUUUAGCCCCUUGACAAAAUCUUGGCGUAAAAUACCAUCUAUGAAAUAUGCUAGAUCAAUUCCUAUACUGGGAGUCUUUGAAGUCAGUUUGGAUUUUCCAAGUUAUCAAAGUCGGCAGGACAAACGUUUUCCAAGAUCAAGGAUUGGUGGGGUUUCAGACGUCUAUGAGGAUCCUCAUAAGCUUUCAAUGAGACGUCAUUGCAGAUCUACCAUUAAUGAGACUGAGGCUUCAACUUUGCCUAGUAGAAAGGCACAUAAAUUCCUGAAACAAAUAAGCGAUCUUUCAAGCUCAAAGAAUAGUAGGAGAUUUUUGUUGGUAGCUGUAGGGGGUCUGGGAUCCUGGGAUGAACCCCUGGACUCUGGAGAAAUAUAUGAUUCUGUAUCCAAUAAAUGGACUGAUAUCCCAAGAUUGCCUUUUGAUUUCGGCAUUGCUUGUUCUGGAGUUGUAUGUGGCAAGAUGUUUUAUGUUUACUCUGAAACGGACAAGCUUGCCGCAUAUGACAUAGAACGAGGUUUCUGGAUUGCAAUUCAAGCCACUCCGAUCCCACCUCGUGUACAUGAGUACUACCCCAAACUCGUAUCUUCAAAUGGUCGUCUAUUCAUGCUCUCCGUGUCUUGGUGCGAAGGUGAUGGUCAAAUUGGGCGGCGAAACAAGGCUGUUAGAAAAUUAUGGGAGUUAGAUCUUUUGUAUCUUACCUGGACUGAAGUCUCAGUGCAUCCUGAUGCCCCAAUGGAUUGGAAUGCUGUAUUUGUGGCAGACAAAAACUUGAUUUUUGGAGUGGAGAUGUUCAAAAUAUUUGGUCAGGUGUUGGAUUUUUUCACUGUAUGUGAUGUGACUGAUAUGUCAAACUGGAAUCAUAUUUCAAGGAAUCAUGUCACUCAUGAGCUGGAUGGUUCAUCGUGCGUGACCAAAUCUGUGGCGGUGCUGCACCUUUAAACUCCGAUGUGUGGGCAGGUAUGCCAAACAACAGAAUGUCAAAUAUUCCAUGUAACUUUAUUUUGAGAUGCAACAAGAUUGGUAAGUACUGCUUUGUAUUUGCUGCAUAUAAUUGUACAAGGGCCACUCUUCUGAACUCUUUUGCAGUUCUCAGUUUGUGUUUUUUUUUCUUCUUUCCAUGUACCUUUUGGCUUUAUUCAUUUUCCACCAAUCAUAAAGUUCAAUUUCAUUCUGACUUUGUACCUUGUAUUUUUCAUGUUAGCUAGCCGUCGAGUUUCUGGAAUUAUGUUUGUAAAUGAAUUCUCAUCUUUUAUUGCCACGAAUCUAUUUAUAUUGCUAAUUGCAUUCAUCAGC